AUGGCUUCCUCCCCCACCACCCGCACCUACGAGGAAGCCCUCCGCCUCCUCUCCCAGCUCCAAUCCAACAAGGCCGUCACCAACCUCUUCACGCCACCCACUUCCACCACUACCACCACCAAGCCCGCAGUCGACCUCAACGCCCUCGCCAUCCCAGAGAUGCACGCCUGGCUCCGCCGCGCAGGCUACACCCCAGCCGACCUAUCCGCGCUGCGGUGCGUGCAUGUGUCCGGCACCAAGGGCAAAGGGUCCGUCUCGGCGCUGACGGCGUCGAUCCUGACGCGGUGGUGGCAGCACCAGCAGCAGCAGCAGCAGCAGCACGUCGUCGUCGGGCCGGUGGGGACGUACUCGUCGCCGCACGUGGCGAGCGUGAGGGAGCGCAUCGCCGUCGACGGACGGCCCGUGGACCGGGAGACGUUCGCGCGGUACUUCUUCGAGGUGUGGGAUCGGCUGUCGGAGGCGGCGGUGCGGGAGGACGGGGUGGCGGCGGGGGAGGCGGCGGGCCCGUCGACGAAGCCGUUUUAUUUCCGGUUCUUGACGAUUCUUGCUUUGCAUGUGUUUGUGCGGGAGGGGUGUCGGUCAGCGGUGGUGGAGUGCGGGAUUGGCGCCGAGUAUGACGCUACUAAUGUGUUGCCUGAGGGGGCGGUCACGGCGGCGGUGGUGACGCAGCUUGGGGUCGAUCAUGUUGCUAUGCUGGGGGGGACGGUGGAGGAGAUUGCGUGGCAUAAGGCGGGGGUGUUCAAGAGGGGGGUGAGGGCUUUCACGAGGGGGGCUGGGCCGGGGAGGGAGGGCGUCAUGGAGGUCCUAAGGGGGAGGGCGGCGGAGAAGGGGGCGGUGCUGGUGGAGGUUGAUGACGCUGAGGUCGAGGCUUGGGGAGGCGUCGCGGACGCGGCGCUGCAGGGGCCGUUCCAGAAGUAUAACAUGGCGCUGGCUGUCGCCGCCGCGAGGGAGCACAUCCUGAGGCUGGGCGGCCGGUUCGACGGGGAGUUCGCAAAGGACGAUUACCCGCUGCGGUCGAUGCCGCCGGAAUUCGAGGCCGGCCUCAGGGAGGCGACCCUUAGAGGCCGCUGCGAGGUGUAUGUGGACGGAGACGGUGUCGAGUGGUUCCUGGACGGGGCUCACACCGAGGACAGCCUUGCCGGUAUUGGGCAGUGGUUUGCUUCCCGGGCGGCCGGGCCUGAUGUCCGGAGAGUCUUGCUCUUCAACCAGCAAGACAGGGAUCCAGCAGCCCUGUUGCCAGCGUUGCUGGCAUCCUCCAAAGCCGGCAUCGGUUCGGCGAGAGCGUUCGAGUACGCCGUUUUCACGAGGAACGAGGAGAAAAUGCCAGCGGCCGGGGAGCCGUCUCGAGACCUUGCGGUCCAGACCAAAGCGUGCGAGGUGAUGAGGAACUUCGACCCUGAGACCCGAUGCGUCACGCAGGCGGCGGUGGAGCCUUCGAUGGAACUGGUUAGGGGUUUUGCUAGGGAGGCAAAGGAGGAAGGGAAGCAUUGCAAAGUGCUGGUUACAGGGAGUUUUCAUCUUCUCGGUGCUGUGAUCAAAUCUAUCGAGCAUGUUGAGUGCUAG